AUGAUAACAAACAUCGAGAGCAUCGGAAAUAUCAAUGGCACUACUUCGGUUACCCCUGAUAGUGGCUAUGAUUUCGGUGGUGCUGGUUACGAUGGUGAGUUUGAGUCCGAGUCACUCAACUAUUCUGACGACAAUAUCACACUCUCUAUCGACACUCUUCGGAGUAGUUUUUCCUUGCCAUUUCUCGAAGAUGAGGUUCAAAGAAACCGACCAAAGAUCUCUAAGGAAUCUUUUGCUACAUCUACUCGGGUUAUGGAAUCAAUCAGCAGUAAAGAAAACGGUUCUUCAAUCAGUAAAAACAGUACUCGCCAUGUUGUUAAAUCCCCUUUCUUAGAGAAACCACUCCCUAUUCCCAACUUCAAAUUCGAUGCUAAUUCUACUUCGACUCACGACGACGACGAUGCUUGUAGUCUGCACAAUCAAGCAACACAACUACCCUGUGAACGAUUUGCGGACGACUCCUCCCGUGAUAGCACACUCGAAAAGACGCCUUUGCGAAAACGCAAGUCUGAUCAUACGUACUUGGACCCUCGGCCGUUUCGACGGUCAUCACGGAAAAGAAAACCUGUAGACUUUGGCAAACGGAACCUGGAGGUAUCGUCAUCUGAUUCUGAAGACGAGCACCCCUCUAGCGAGAGAAGGGAACCCAGAAGGGAACCCAGAAGGGACCCCAGCAGUUUCCCUUGUUCCCCAACUCUGACGUGUAGACUAUUGGAUCGGGACGACGUAGAACCGAAGGAUGGGUUUUAUGACCUCCAGGCAACUGUGAGUCGAAGAAUCAAGCAAGAUUCUGAGGUUCCCAUCUAUGAGUAUCUUUGUAGGUGGAAUCCCACGUGGGAGCCCGCAAGUAUGGUUGAGAAGAAGAAAUGGAAGGGUGAGGGCAGCUGGAAGCUCGAGCUGAUAUUGGAUACGAGGAUGGUCAGAGAUGGAGAUAUGUAUGCUGAAGAAUACCUAUGUAAAUGGGCCGAUAGUUGGGAACCAGAAGACAAUCUCAGCGAUGAAGCGCUACGUGUCGCCCAGAGUAGAUUUCGAGAUGGAAAUGGCAACGAGGACGACGAGAUUGAGCAGGGUAACGGUAGUGAUGACAGUACUGAAGGAAAAUUUUCAUUCAACGGAGUUGUGCAUGAUACACGCCUGGAGAGGGUGACUGCCCAACGCGAGUCCGCCAAAGAAGUAGUCAGACGAAUUGUGAAGCAAAAGAUGCACGACGAGCGCACCAAUAACAUUGCCAAUGCUGCAGAUGAAUAG